CACAAAACGCAUCCCUUUCACCCCUAACAGAAUUGACAUUCCUCCUCAUGACUUGGGCAGAAGAGUACGCCUGUGGCCAUGGAUGUGGUGGGCGUCACUAGGCUCUUCUCAACGCACUUUCUUCUUCCCGCUCUCAAUCGGCGACCUGCCCGUUUCACCAUUCUUAAUCGAUUGCACAAUUCUUCCGUUCACUGUCGUGCUUUCUAUUCCUCGUGCCACGCAAGACCUUCUAUGGUUCCUCCUCAAGCGAUGGCCAAAAGAGGGUUUUCGCCUAAAGAAGAUGAAGUUGCUUCUUCGGCCGAUCUUCAGUUCGAGGCUCCUCUGGAAAUCGUGAAAUAUCCAGACCCAAGAUUGAGGUUAAGAAAUAAGCGCAUCGAUAGCUUUGAUGAUAAUCUGAAGAAGCUUGUCGACGAAAUGUUCGACGUAAUGUACAAAACUGAUGGUAUUGGACUUUCAGCACCCCAAGUAGGAGUCAAUGUACAACUUAUGGUGUUCAAUCCUGUUGGUGUACGGGGUGAAGGAGAGGAAAUUGCUCUUAUAAAUCCAAGAAUUAGCAAAUACUCAAAGAAACUUUCACUUUUUAAUGAGGGUUGCCUAUCUUUCCCAGCGAUAUAUGGUGACGUACAAAGACCAGAAUCUGUGAAGAUUGAUGCACGUGAUGUCAGUGGAAAAAGGUUCUCUGUCAGCUUCUCAGACCUUCCUGCACGGGUUUUCCUGCAUGAGUUUGACCAUCUACAGGGAGUUCUGUUCUUUGAGAGAAUGACUGAAGAAGUUCUUGAUAGCAUUCGUGCUCAAUUACAGGCCUUAGAAAGUAAGUACGAAGUUGAGAGUGGAGUCCCAAGCCCUGAGAAGAUAGAAAACCGUGGGGGGAAGAGGGUUGCAACUGGAUUUGGGAAAUGAUAUUGCCUGCUUCAAUCAACGGCUGCGAUUUUCCUGAUGUUACCUGCUUCUAUAGAAUUGAAAACUGCUCCUGAUUUUACAGGCUAAAUUUAUUCAUAUUUGAAGAACUUAUUUCGUACAAGAAAUCUCUAUUUUGAAGUCCUCAAAACAAUGAAAAAUUAGAGAGAGCUGCAGCUUUUUUCUGGAUAUGUUGGAGAUGCUGAUUCGACGUUGUUGUUGUAUCUGAUGACUGGAUGUAUUUAUUGUUAGGAAUUAAUUGUGAGCUCUUUUCAAAAUUCUCAGAUUAUAAAUGUUUGAUCUCCAUUUUCUUCUA